CGAUAUUCCAGCGAAAUACAGUUUUCAAACUCCCCUGUUUCCAUUCUUCCUUUCUGCCCCUCCAGAUUUUAUUCAAUUUCCUCCCAAAAAUAAAACACUCUUAAUUUUUAUACAACAAACCCACUUCUAUAUAUACGUACUUGUGUAUGUAUUGUAUAUAAUUAAUCUUAUAAUAUAUAAAGAAAUGCCGGUUUCUUUACAUGGCAGAAAUCCGGUUAGUUUGACAUUUUCCGGCGCCGUCCUAUUCUUGUGGCUAAAUGCGGCGGCUGUUAUUUGUGGGUUUCCGGCAAGUUUGACUUUGGAGAGAGCUUUUCCGGUGAACCAUAGAAUUGAGCUGCAUAAACUUAGAGAUAGAGAUAUAUACAGACACCGUAGGAUAUUACAACAAGCUUCUUCAAGUGGUGGAGUUGGUGUUGUUGAUUUCCCUGUUAAAGGCACUUAUGACCCUUUUCGUGUUGGGCUUUAUUAUACAAAAGUGCAAUUGGGAUCUCCUCCGAAGGACUAUUAUGUACAAAUAGACACCGGAAGUGAUGUGUUGUGGGUCAGUUGUACUCCAUGCAAUGGGUGCCCAACUUCAAGCGGAUUACAAAUUCCACUUGAGUUCUAUGAUCCUUCAACCUCACCGACAAGUGUUCCGAUCUCUUGUUCAGACCAACGUUGUGAACAGGCUAGCCGAUCUUCUGAUUCUGGCUGUUCCAAUAAUCAGUGCAGUUACAGAUUCCAAUAUGGAGAUGGUAGUGGGACGACAGGUUAUUAUGUAUCUGACUUGAUGCAUCUUAACAUGAUUGGUCUUGAUUCGGAAUCAUCAAACUCUUCAGCCAAUGUUGUAUUUGGAUGUAGCACAUCUCAGACUGGAGACUUGACUAAAUCUGAUAGAGCAGUUGAUGGGAUAUUUGGAUUUGGUCAACAAGGUUUGUCCAUAAUUUCACAACUUUCGGCGCAAGGGAUCGCUUCGGAUGCAUUCUCUCAUUGUCUUGUUGGAAGUGAUGAGGGGGGAGGUAUCUUGGUCAUUGGUCAAAUAAUGGAGCCAAAUAUGGUUUAUACUCCGCUUGUCCAGUCACAGCCACACUAUAACGUAAAUUUGCAGAGUAUAUCUGUCAAUGGCCAAACGUUAGCCAUUGAUCCAUCAACAUUUGCAAUUUCGGACAACCAAGGAGGAACCAUAAUUGAUUCAGGAACUACUCUGGCAUACCUUGCUAAAGAAGCUUUCAACCCUUUUGUGGAUGCUAUCACACAAUCAGUUUCACAGUCUGUACAGCCGCUUAUUUCAAAAGGAAAUCAGUGUUAUUUAAUUACAUCAAGUGUCGCUAGCAUAUUCCCGGCUGUAAGCUUAAACUUCGCUGGUGGAGCUUCAAUGCAUUUAAGGCCUCAGGAAUACCUUCUUCAGCAAAACUCCAUGGGUGGGGCUGAGGUGUGGUGCAUUGGUUUCCAGACAAUUCCAAAUCAAGGAAUUACUAUUUUAGGAGGUAUAAUAUUCAUAAUAAACUUAAAUUCACUUCGAAUUUCUGACUGUUAUUCUCUUGUUUUGAUUGAUGUUUGUACUUGCCUACUUGGUGAUGCAGAUCUUGUUCUUAAAGACAAGAUUGUUGUUUAUGAUUUGGCUGGUCAACGGAUUGGAUGGUCGAAUUAUGACUGUUCAACAUCUGUAAACGUCUCUUCCACCUCAACUGGCGGCAGAAGUGAAGUCGUAAACGCUGGUCAGUUUGGCAGUAGCAGUUCAUUGAAGAUUACUCGUUAUGAACUAAUUCCGAUUCUUAUUCUUGCAUCCAUACUACACUUGGCAGUGACAUUCGUUGGUUUUUCUUUCUAGCAUCUUGUGGCCCGUUUUAUUUCAUUCUUUUUUCUUUCAAUUUAUUUUUCCACUUUAAGUGGCCACAUACUUGCUAGUAUUCACAUUAGGAGUUUAAUUAUGGCAUCUUCUGUUUCCGCUUGAGCCUUAUAAUGUUACACACUCUAGUUAUCUAGUUACAUUGUAACAUUUCCUGUUUAUAGGCACACAUAGUUGAUACGUUGUACUCGUAUAUAUAAUGAAAUACAAGUUGACCUUGCUAUUUGAGCAGUCUUGCAAACUA